AUAUGGAGAAUAUGCGAAUAAAUGACACCACAGGGGUUUCUGCCAAGUCUGACAACACCACUGCAAAUUACCAAGAAGAAAAGUUUUCUCAUGAAUAGUGGAAAUUCUAGAGAUUGCGAGGUCCAACGUGCACUCUGUAAAUGAAAAUGGAGAUUAGAGAGGCAAUUAAUUAGACUACAUUUGAGAUUGAAUAAAAAGACUUUUGUCUUUUAGUUAAGUAGUUCUCGUUUAACUUUUUGCAUAAUAUUUUGGAACAUAUGGGUUUUAAGAAUUGU